AUGCCCGAAUACGCAAAGAUGAAAAAUGCCGAGCUUGAGGCGCUCCUCAAAGAGCGCGGUCUCCCACAUGCUGGCAAGAAGGCCGACAUGGUCGACCGUCUCACUAAAAAUGACGAGGACCAGAGCUCUGCCGGCGUUUCUGCUGAUCCGAAGCCUGCAGUCAACGCCGAGGACGAAAUUGACUGGGAUGACGAUGAGCCUGCGAAGGCUGCGCCUGCCGUAGUCGAAGAAGUCACAACAAAUGAAAAGACAAUCGAGAAGGCUGGCGGAGAGGGUCAACCGCCGAAUCCUCAAGCUGUUCCCAACCAGGUAGCUGACAUCGAUCCCGCGAAGACCGAUGAUCUCUCCGUGCAGCCGCCUACAGAAGGCGCUGACAUCGCAACCGAAGAGAAAAAGGAGCCCGCUCCUAACUAUGCGCAAGGCCUUGCAGCCACUAGCAUUGACGACGAGAUUGAGCGUCGCAAGAAGCGCGCCUUAAAGUUUGGCACCAAGAUCGAGGACGACGAAGGACUGAAGAAGUUGGAGCGCAUGAAGAAAUUUGGAGAAAAGGGCGAGGUCAAAGGGCUGGAUGAAGCCCUGCCUGAGCGCGAGAGGAAACGUGGGCGGGAAGAUAAGGACGACGCAGGUGCGAACAAGCGUCGUGAUGGAGGCAAGCCUGGGCGUGCUGGCCGUGGAGGUGGCAGACGCGAUGACAGGAACGACCGCAGUCGCCGGGACAGCCGAAGUCCCCGCCGGGAACGCGCCGCACCAACCUCGACGCGCUACAGCGAUUCUGACAGAAAGGCCGCAGAGGCAAGGAAGGCUAGAUUCGCGAAGCCUGCAGCUUAA